CAGGAGUCGUGACUCGUCCGUUUACACUGUCGGUGCUGGUGUCGGAAGGGGGGCUGUAACUCAAGACCGUGGCCUUCGAUUGGUUUAGCCAAGUACAACGUAAAGGGGGAAACGCAGCAAUAGUCGUUUUUGUAUCAUUUGGGGUUUGUUUUUUUUUUAAAAACAAAUAUAUAAAUAUAUAUCUAUAACUUGUGGGAGAGAGAAUGUCGUCCAAGAGCCCCGAAUACUCCCCAUUCUUCGCAGUGAUGGGCGCCUCUGCGGCUAUGGUGUUCAGCGCCUUGGGAGCGGCGUAUGGCACGGCUAAGAGUGGCACGGGGAUCGCCGCCAUGUCUGUGAUGAGGCCCGAGCUCAUCAUGAAGUCUAUCAUUCCCGUGGUCAUGGCGGGUAUCAUAGCCAUCUACGGCCUGGUAGUAGCAGUCCUGAUCGCCAACAACAUCUCCGAGAACGUCAGCCUCUACAAGAGUUUCCUCUACCUGGGUGCUGGACUGAGUGUGGGCCUGAGCGGUCUGGCAGCCGGCUUCGCCAUCGGCAUUGUGGGGGACGCGGGCGUGCGGGGCACGGCCCAGCAGCCUCGGCUCUUCGUGGGCAUGAUUCUCAUCCUGAUCUUCGCCGAGGUCCUGGGUCUCUACGGGCUGAUCGUCGCCCUCAUCCUCUCCACGAAAUAAACCCCCUCCCCCCUUCCCACCCCCACAAACAUCUCCACUACAGAAUCUGUCCUUUAAGUUGCUGCUGGAGGAAAAGAGAAAAGUUUAAAACGGGAAAGUAUUGUACAAAAUUUCAGACGCGGGGGAAAACCAAGUGAAGGUGGAUUAAAAAAAAAAAAAAAGAAAAGAAAAAAAGAUGGAAAUAAAAUAUGGCUCCAUAAUAUGGUCUUAUCGCCA